AUGCUCGCCAGGAUAGCGCUCGUUAAAGGCAAGGCGGCUUCUGGCUCUUCCGCAGGCUCGGUUAUGGGUUCCGGUGUGGUUAGUCAGUGGGCCCGACACAGGCUGGACUGAUCUGGGGAGCCGCGAAGGGCCUGCCUUGACCAAGGGACGUAACGCAAAUACUGCGGGCAGUGUUUGAAUAUGGCCCUGAACAAUGUGUCCCUGUCCGCCGGUGAUCAGAGGAGCAGGGUGGCCUACCGCUCUUCCCACGGUGACCUCAGACCGCGGGCGUCAGCGUUGGCGAUGGUCUCCGGAGACGGCUUCCUCGUUUCCAGGCCUGAAGCGAUUCAUCUAGGACCUCGGCAGGCGGUGCGACCAAGCGUUCGGGCCGAGAGCCGUCGAGUGAAUGGUGGCGGCCGGAGCCCAACCCGCCUUAUAAAUGGGAGGGAACCAGAUGGCCGGGGCAGGAGCCGCCAAGCCAGAUUCUCACCUUACCCGAUCCCUGCCGUUGAACCCGAUCUCCUAAGAAGUGUGCUGCAACAGCGUUUGAUUGCAUUAGGAGUUACUACCUGGACCCUGAAGCUAUUUGAGUCUGCAACCCCUGAUUUAAGAUGGUGUUCAACAUGCAGCCAUUCAAAUAUUUUUGAAAUUUUAGUAAUAUGAACUCAUUUGUGAUAUUACAUUUAUAUUAUUUAAGAUAAAAAUUGGAUAUGAAAUUGUAUGUAUUAUAUGAUUUUACCUAUAUGAAUGAAAUAUGCAUUAAAAAACUAGAAUUGCCAAAA